AUGGGUCUGUCCGAUAGAAAGGUCAAGCAGCGCCUCGUGGGCUCCGCCGCCACGCGCAAUGCUGCCUGGCUCAACGACGCCUCCCUCCCCGGUCAGAGGAUGCUCGCACAGAUGGGCUGGAAGGAAGGCCAGGGCCUCGGUACCACCAUGACCGGCAUGUCCCAGAACCUCACAGUCGCGCUCAAGCUCGACAACAAGGGCAUCGGUGCGGCCCGCUACGAGCGAGAGGCCAGGGCAGCGGGCAAGGACGCCUGGGUCGGAGGAGGAGGCGACCUCGGCAGCCUCUUUGACAGGCUCAACGCAGCCAAUGCCGCCGCCGCCGCCGCUUCCGCCGUCCCAUCUCCCGCAGCUGUCGGCGACGCAGACGACGGCGAAAAGGACCUCGAGAGGAAGAAGAAGAGCAAGAAGGACAAGAAGGAGGCCAAGGAAAAGAAGAGCAAGACCUCCAAGAGCGGCGAAGAGUCCAAGGAGGAGAGAAAGGAGCGCAAGCGGGCGGAAAAAGAGGCAAAGAAGCAGGCCAAGAAGGACAAGAAGCGGAAGCGCUCCUCCGAGGCGGGGGGCGACGACGAAGACGAUCAAUCCAGCAAGAAGAAGAAGAGCAAGCGGGACAAGAAGCACCUCGCCGACCAGGUCGUCGCCGAGAGCGUCGCCGCCGAUCCCAGCCUGGCAACGGACAACAAGGCCAUCAAGCAGAUCAAGCAGGACGUCCAGGCGGGCAAGCCCAUCCGGCUGGCGCACCGCGCCAAGUUCCUCCGCGCCAAGCGCAUGGUCGGCAAUGACCUCGCCAGCGUCAACGAGAUCCUCGGCAUCAAGUCCAACACUGCCUCGCCCGGCGCAUCGGGCACCUCGUCACCCGCACCGGGCGCGGCCACACCCAAGACCUACCCGGGCCCCGGCGGCAGCCAGAUUGCCCUCAUCGACGUCGACCAGAAGCUAGCCGCAGCGGGAUCCGAAGCUUCUUCGUCGUCGUCUUCCUCGUCAUCCUCGUCCGACUCAUCGGGCAGCGAGGACGAGGCGGCUCCCUCCAAGACCACCUCCGAAGGCAAAGGGCGAAAGAGCUCUUCGAAGGCUAGCAAGGACAAGAAGGGGAAGCGGAAGGCAACCGUGGACUCGGACUCGGAUUCAGAUUCGGACUCGGGCGCAGGCGAGGCUGCCGGGAGCCGCAAGAAGUCCAAGAAGCGGGACGAGAAGAAGGCGAGCAGGAGGGACAAGGACGUGGACGAGAACAAGAAGAAGAAGAAGAAGAGGCAGGACAAGAAGGACAAGAAGGCAGCCUCUGCGGCUGCCGCCGACUCGGCCACGCCAGCGCCACCGACGCCAUCGACGACGCAGACGACGCCAGCGCCCACCGACGACGAGAGCCGAGUGCAGAUCGGGACCAACUCGCAAGGGUUGUCGGUGCAUGAGUACCUCUCUCGCCGGCUGAUGCUGCGCAAGGCGCAGAUUGCACGGCGGAAAAAGGACGAGGCGGAAGCCAUCUGGACGCGCGCCGCCGCCAUCUCGGCUUGA